GGGACAUUCAAGAGCUGUUAUUUGAGGUAGAAAGGGAUAAGCAAAGAGAAAAAGAAGAGAGAAAGAAGAAAGGAUUAGAUACUAGUGAUAUUGAUGCUGAGGAAAAUGAGGAUUCAAUGGGUGUGGGUCCAUUAAUUGAGAAAAUUGAGAAGAAGAAAGUUAAAGAUGAGAAAUUUAGUUAUUUUGAUGAACCUACGGAUUCGGAUAGUGAAGAUGAUGAUGAGAGAUGGACACCUGAUGCUGUUAAUAAACGAUGGGAAGUAUUUGAUAAGAAAUUUAAACGACACGAAGAGUUACUUGUUAACUUCACUGAUGCAGAGACACUUGAUGAUGCAUUCAAAUGGAUGAAUAGAAUUGACAAGUUCGAGCAAAAGCAUUUCCGGCUGAGACCAGAGUAUCGGGUGAUUGGUGAACUGAUGAACCGCCUUAAAGUGUCUGAGGGUAAGGAAAAAUUUCUUCUGCAGCAGAAGAUAAAUAGGGCCAUGCGAAUGGUGCAGUGGAAGGAAGCUUAUGAUCCCAAUGACCCAGAGAAUUAUGGAAUCAUUCAGCAUGAGCAGGUGGGACCCUCUGUAGAUCUUUUAGAACAUGCUGGGUUUGAAAAGGAAAAGGGGAUGAUUCAAGGAGGAGAUGACGACGACGACAUAGAGUUUGAUGACAUGAAAGAGAAGGAUGAUAUAUUGUUAGAGAAGCUCAACGCCAUUGACAGGAAACUUGAAGAAAAACUGGCUGAAUUGGACCACACCUUUGGGAAAAAGGGUAAGCUUUUAGAAGAGGAAAUCAGAGAUCUUGCUGAAGAGAGGAACUCGUUGACGGAGAAGAAAAGAAGGCCUCAGUACAGAAAAGGUUUUGAUGUGAAACUCAUUGAUGUCAAUAGGACAUGUAAGGUUACUAAGGGAGGACAAGUUGUCAAGUAUACUGCUUUGUUGGCUUGUGGGAACUAUCAAGGAGUUGUUGGUUUUGCAAAAGCAAAAGGUCCAGCUAUUCCCAUUGCCCUGCAAAAGGCAUAUGAGAAAUGCUUCCAGAACCUACAUUAUGUUGAACGGCAUGAGGAGCAUACAAUUUCACAUGCAGUUCAAACAAACUACAAAAAGACCAAGGUAUAUCUGUGGCCUGCUCCUACUCAAACAGGGAUGAAAGCAGGUAGAACUGUCCAAACAAUUUUGCAUUUAGCCGGUUUCAGGAAUGUGAAAUCGAAGGUUGUUGGCUCAAGGAACCCACAUAACACAGUUAAGGCUCUUUUCAAAGCUCUAAAUGCGAUUGAGACACCCAAGGAUGUUGAAGAAAAGUUCGGGCGAACUGUUGUCGAGUCAUACUUACUGUAAUAGGCAUUCUCAACGUUUCUGUGGUGUUACUUGGCACCUUUUUCGUUAUAGGAGAGCAUAAACAAAAGAGAGGUCGAAGGCCAUGGGGGCAUGCAUCAAUGGAUUGUCUGUCUUUUUCAUAAGCUAGUUACCUUAUUUCUUUUUCCUUUCCUUUUGGUGAUUUUAUUCUUGGUUUGGUUGUUGGUGUAGUUACAAAUUAGAUAAUGAUUGCUAGAAGGCAUGGUAGGAUCUUUUUUUCCAAUUUUAGCCUAGCUUACUCCACAAGAUUGAUUGGCCAAUUCUCAUCUGAUAUGAUUGUUCUCCACGAA